AUGAAAUGGUAUAUACAAGGGAUGGUGUUUGGAUACCUCAGUGCCCCCCAAAGAACUGGGAGGCUAGGUCGUGGUCUGGAGAGGGUAGACGGCCAUCAGGAGCGCUCCACUCAACUGGGUUCGGCUCACUCGAUCGAGCUUGCGGCUCCUCCUCCUCUUCUUCUUCAUCUUCAAAGUGGGUGUGGCUUCCUUGGCCUUGGUGGAGUUGUGCUCGCUCGAAGCGGUUGUAGGGAGUCCAGCGGGUCUGAGAGAAGUCCUGGUACUGGGUUGAAUCGUACUCGAUCCCAGGGUUCUCAAACUAGGUUCCUAGUCAACUCGACCGUCAGCUCGAUCGAGUUGAGUUUCCUCUGA